CUUUGCUUCUUGGAGAUGACCGGACACCUUGAAGUUAAGGUACAGGGCAUCAAAGUUAAGCCCAGAGUGGAAGACACAGAAAUCGCUUUAAGGGCUGGCAUUGAAGAGCUCUGGUCAUACGUUGGCAAAGGCACAGAUUCAAAGUACGUGGUGGGUUUAGACGUCGAAUGCAAACCAAUUGAAUCUGUAAACAAGGUUUCAGUUUUGAAAUUGGCUUAUGGGUCUUUCUGUCUCAUAAUAAGGCUUUUAAAAUUUGGUACAAUCCCUGAUUUCCUUUUCAAUUUCCUUCAUUUACCUGAUGUUUCCCUAGUGGGUGUUGGAAUCAAAGAGAAUGUUGCUUUGCUUGAGAGGGAUUAUGGGCUUCAAUGUCGAAACAUAGUUGAUCUGCCAACAUUAGCUACUUCGGUUCUUGAUGAUCGACGGCUUGUGAGUUAUGGUUUGGUCGAUUUGGCUAAUCAUGGUAUCCUACUUCAGGUUAUGAAGAAACUUGCAUGUGUGUUUUUGAGGGAUUGGAGCGGAGAGAAUCUUUCUACGGUGGAGAUUGAGUUUGCAACAGUUGAUGCUUACGUUUCGAAUAAGAUUGGCAACAAAUUGCUUGGAGGGAUGUGA